AAGAAGGAAAAAAAAAAAAAAAGACGCUGAGAGAGAUCUGAGGAGGAGAUCUAGAUCAAGGUGCGUAGAUCAGAUGAUGGUGCAACAGGAGAUCUGGGGAGAAGAUCUAAAUCAAAUGAUGGUGCAUGCAACAGGCCAUGUGAAAAGAAAGGAGGGCAUGAGAAAAGAGGGCAUGAGAAAGGAGGGCAUGAGAGGAUGUGCGGGAGAAUUGCAAAAACGCAUGCAUGGAUUGGAGAUGGCUGAGAGGGCUGGGGAGGAGAGGCCUGCACGCAGUUGAGAUGAUGGUGCAGCAGGCUGCACGCGUCAGGAGAAAACUAAGGAAGGCAUGAGAUCCGUAGAAAAGCAUGGAGAUGGUUGAGAGGGGUAGUUGGCAUAUAAAGAACUUUCGGCAAUAUAGAAUUAUGCUGUUG